AUGUCGCGGCUUGCCGUUCUCAUCGUCCUGGUUGUCGUGGCCCUCCAACUUUCCACAGCCGAGGUUUGCAAGGACUACCUGCCAUGGUGCACGCAAGGCAUGUGCGAGACCGGGGCUCAGAAGGCGAAAAUUGUCGAGACGAUCCAGAGCGAUUCGGUCUCUGAAAAGGCCAAGACUUUCCAGCUGGACGAGAACUACGACAAGCCGCUGCAUGAGCUCUGCGCCAAGAAGUGCGGUCUAUGCAAA